CUAUUUUUGAGUUGAGAGUCGAUUUUAGUGCAUAAAGAUCUGGUAUCUGAGGUAUCGACGUUUCGGUAUCGAUCCGCCCAUCUGAUACGUAGUGAGGAACAGAGCUACUAGCAGCAGCAACACUGGACGUAAAACUUUGACAACCGCAGUCCUUGGUUCUCCUUCUAGGACUUGUGUUGUAGUCCGAAACAAAGUGACAGCACCAUGGAGGAGGAAGAGGCCCCCGACGAUGGCGACGUGGAGACCCCCUACCCAUCAGACACCUACGCUGCAGAGGCCAUGGCUGCAGACAUGGACCCCUGGAUUGUGUUUGACUCGAGAAGAACUCCCAGGAGUGAGUUUGACUACUGGCUGGAGAGCAACAGGCCCUCUCAGGUGCAGAGGUACGGCGACGAGGAGGGCAAAACGAGACCUGUGGGGUGGAUCGCCGUGCGGGGCCCCAACUACUGCCCCGACUGUGGGGACCUCGACGGCCUCCAGGAGAGUUGGGAGAAACUCUUGGCCAGCUGCCGGCCGGUCAACUUCCAGACCGUGAAGGAGCUGGCCCUGAACCACCGAGUGCUCUCGGGCAAGUGGCUCAUGUACUUGGACUCCGGGUUCAAGUUGGACCGCGCGUGGGAGUGCGUGGCCAGAGCGACCCUGGACGGGAAGAUCUUCACCACUAAAGUGAGCCCGUUCGACUCCAAGGCCGGCGGCGGGAGGCAGGUCAUUUGCGUCUACAACUCAAACUUCACAGAUGAGCGCGAAGUCGUAGAGCUGGAUUCGGUCAUUCGCUCCACGGGGGUCAAGUGCCCCCUUUCCUACAAGCCGGACGUGUACACCUACCUGGGGAUCUACAGGAACAACCGCUGGAAGCUUUGCCCCACCAUAUACGAGAGCAAAUUCGACCUGGAGUGCGUACCCAGGCGUUCCCACAUCAUCAACAAAGUCACCAAUGUUGAGGUGACAUAAGCCAGAACGAACAAGUGUAGCUUUGCACUACAGCUGUAACGGAAAGCUCAAUCUCAAGUUCUUCCUUUUUUGCAAAAAAAAGAAAAAGAAAAGCACUCUCAUUUUGUCUUCUCAUGCUGUUAUAUUUUCUAAGUGACCUGAAAUACAGCCACAUUUUGAACAUGUUGUAUUCGGAAGUAUUAGCAUUCGAGUGGUUCUGUUUCUACGACACUAACACUUACCUGAGUGGCAGGGAGGUCGAAACUCUUAAUUUGAAUGCACAUUUUCAGGGGAUGUUUUUUAUCCAGUUGAAACACUUCUUUUUUGACAAUAUACGUUUGUGUCCACCUCCCCUUUAUUUCAUGCUUUGUACUCGAUCAAAAAAAAAUAAAUCCGUUGCCAAAUAAAAUGUACUUUUGA